AUACAUUUGAGUCUGUACUGCAUGAAAUGUAAAAGAGCUUGGUGAAAGUUUCCUUUUAAGAAGACAUAACAUAGGACUCAGUAUGGCUGGAUAUCCCUUUGCAUUUCUAAUGCUAAUUAUACAUUUCUCACUAUCAAGUCAAACUUCCAGUACAGUUAACCCUUGCUGCUAUUUUCCAUGCCAGCACAAAGGUGUGUGCGUGAGGUAUGAAGCAGACCGCUAUGAAUGUGACUGCACGCGUACAGGGUACUAUGGAACCAACUGCACUAUACCUGAAUUAUGGUCAAGAGUCCGUGAUCUCAUACGCCCCAGCCCUGGUUUUUAUCAUUACAUCUUGACCCGGUAUAAGUGGUUUUGGGAUAUAAUCAACAACACGUUUAUACGAGAUAUAAUUGUCCGACUUGUACUGACAGUGCGAUCCAAUUUAAUUCCCAGCCCCCCCACGUAUAAUUCGGCGUAUGACUACAUCAGCUGGGAGUCGUAUUCAAACGUCAGCUACUUCACUCGAGUGCUUCCUCCUAUCCCGGAUGACUGUCCCACACCAAUGGGGACAAAAGGUAAAAAGGAGCUUCCUGAUGCCAGUCUCCUUGUAGAAACCUUUCUAAUCCGGCAGAAGUUUAUUCCGGACCCUCAGAGCACCAAUCUCAUGUUUGCUUUCUUCGCUCAGCAUUUUACACAUCAGUUCUUCAAGACGUUUGGCCGCAUGGGACGCGGAUUCAUUAAAGGGUUCGGACACGGAGUUGAUCUCAGCCAUGUUUAUGGGGAUACCCUGGAUCGACAACAUGCACUGCGGCUCUUUAAAGAUGGGAAGCUCAAAUAUCAGACAAUAAAUGGAGAUGUGUAUCCACCAACAGUGAGCGAAGCUCCGGUUCACAUGAUAUACCCAGAAAACAUUCCGAAGGAGAAGCAGCUAGCGGUGGGACAGGAAGUAUUCGGUCUUCUUCCCGGACUCAUGAUGUAUGCAACUAUUUGGCUUCGUGAACACAACAGAGUUUGUGAUGUACUGAAAAAGGAACAUCCAACAUGGGACGAUGAGCAGUUGUUUCAGACCACAAGGCUUAUUCUUAUAGGCGAGACCAUAAAAAUAGUGAUUGAAGAUUACGUGCAGCACCUCAGUGGAUAUUACUUGAAGCUAAAAUUUGACCCGGAGUUACUGUUUGGAGUGCAGUUCCAGUACAGAAAUCGGAUUGCUGUUGAGUUUAACCAGCUAUACCACUGGCAUCCUCUAAUGCCUGACACCUUCAAUAUACAGAAAGAAGAAUAUGGCUACAGUAGUUUUGUGUACAAUACAACACUUCUUUUUGACUACGGCGUGGAAGCUCUGGUUGAAGCAUUUUCCAAACAAAUUGCCGGCAAGAUUGGAGGCGGAAAAAAUAUCCAUCCACGUCUUUCAAAUGUUGCUCUGGGUGUCAUUGAGGAGUCCAGGAAACUUCGAGUCCAGUCUUUUAACGAAUAUAGGAAGAGAUUUGGGUUGAAAGCUUACAAGUCAUUCCAGGAAUUUACAGGAGAGGAAACAAUAUCCGCUCAUUUGGAAUCUCUGUAUGGGGAUAUUGAUGCACUAGAAUUUUACCCUGGUCUACUGCUGGAAAAAACGCUACCAAAGUCUAUGUUUGGAGAAAGUAUGGUUGAAAUUGGUGCACCAUUUUCACUGAAAGGACUUAUGGGUAAUCCAAUUUGCUCCCCAGAAUACUGGAAGCCCAGCACUUUUGGUGGUGAAACUGGGUUUAAUAUUGUCAAGACAGCCUCUAUCCAAAAGCUGGUGUGUCUCAACGUCAAGCGAUGCCCAUACGUGGCUUUUCAUGUACCAGAUGCUGAAACCAAAGACGUUACAUCUCCGGAACUAACUACAUCUGAUGAGCUUUAAUUUGUGUCAUAAAGCAAUAUUUCCUGGGUAUAUAUUUGUAUUAAAAAUGAAGAUUUUUAAAUGGUUUUAGUUCUUUUGUGUAGAAUAAUUUUGUUUUGUAAUAAAGAGAUACUGACCAAUGACAAAAAGACAAUUUACAAAUACAUUUUAAAAACAAAA